GAGACAAAAAGGACAAAAGGAAUCAACCGACUAAAAACAGAAACCUAAGUCAAGUAGAAAACAAUGGGACUAAAAACCUUAGAUUUCUCAUAAAACCAUCAAACCACCUAAUUUGUGUACCACUUUACAGCAACUUUACACUCUCUAAAGUUCUCUAUAAAUAUAACGUACAAUUUCUUCACCAUUUCAACUAACUCAUCUUAAACCUUCAAAUUUCACAUAAUUAUAUAUCAACAUAUUUUAGCACCCUCUAAUUAUUAUAUUUAGUACUCUUUAUUAUUGUACUUUUUUUUUUUUUUUUCUCUAUAAGGAAAAAAAAUGGCUAAAAAUAUUGCAGAAUCACCCCUAGAGAGGUCUAGCUUGGCCUCACUUGAACAAAGGCUAGCCAUGGCUAAACGUUGUUCUCAUGAUGGUGUUGUAGCUGGAGCAAAGGCUGCUGUUGUUGCUGGAAUCGCUGCAGCAGUCCCAACUAUAGCAAGUGCAAGAAAGUUGGCUUGGGCUAAGGCCAAUCUCAACCCCACUGCUCAGGCCCUCAUAAUUUCUACUGUGGCUGGAGCAGCAUAUUUCAUAGUAGCUGAUAAAACUGUGCUGAAGUCAGCACGCAAAAACUCCUUCAAUCAAGCUGGAAUGCCAAACAUUGGAGCAUAAGAUUUGAAGAUGACACAUGUUCUGGAGGCUGUCAUUGAUUAUUGAAGAUGACAAAGACAACGACGACAAUGAUAAUGAUGAUGAUGACGAUAACAUUGAGCUUGAUCUUAGUGUGAAUCAUAUGAUUACGUAUUAAGAAGCAAAUCUUGUACUGUAUGAGUUAUCCUUACGUAAUGUAUAUGAAUUAAAAUAAAGAUGUUUUUCUUUCAA